CUUCGCCUCGGGCCUAGCCCGGCGUGCUGCCUCAGCUCUCCUGGAGCUGUUGGUACGGCCCUGAUCGCGGUGAGGAGCUUGGGGCUCUUCCUGGGCAGCCCUCUGCCUCCGUUAGGCCGCCUCAUGGCUUGUGGUUGGGUCGUGUCGUGCUGAGAGGCUGCAGAUGGGUUCUGCACGCUUCCCUCGUGUAACAAAAUCAGUAAACUUAAUAGCACGGACAAGUGGUGUGUGGGGGGUUCGUUACUCCGUAGCCUGAGAAAGAGGAUCGCAUCUGUUGAUUGAGAGCUGCUGUUUGUAGGGAGUUCUGUGGGCUCGUUGACGCUCAGAGGGCAGAAGAACGCUGUAACAAUUGGCUCUGCAGCAAGAGGGCAGCUUGGGUUUGGUCAGCGGCUGCUGCAGGAAUUGGGUUACAGGUGGGGAGCGGGGUGGGGGCAAAAUAGAAGCUGUAAUCCAAUGCCCUCGUCUCUGCGAGGUGCCAGGCAGGGCUGGCGCUGCUACUAGCACCGUGAUCCUGUGAUAAUGGGAAACCUCGCAUAGGAUGGAGGAGUUAAUUUAAGGGCUCAUUAAAUUGCUUCAUGAAGAGACAUCGCUUGUGGCUGGGAGCUGAUAAUAGCUGAGGCCUAGAGUAAUGGUUUAAAAUUGCAGGGCUGCUCAAAUCCCAGGCACCAGUUGUCUGUCUUGUUUGUCUUCACAGCUUUUACCUUUUGGUGCUCUUUCAAAACCCUUAGAAGGGAAAUCUCAUCGCCUGUCCUUUCUGACGCCCCUUUCCAGCAAGUCCAGGCUGCAGAGACAUUACACUUGUGCCACACAGUGGGGAGCAGACAUUUCUCUAGGAGCUGACACCACGCUUGCAGCUGCUUUUGCAGUUGUCCAGGCUUUGGGUGCCUGUAAAAGCACUCGGAGCAAGGAGAAAACUGAGCUGUCUCCAGCAGGAGUUAUUAUUGUGCAAGAGAAGACAUGGAAGCUGUCUUCUAGCAGCCAAGAUAUUUUAGAAAGGUCAUGCUGCAGCCUGCAGGAAGGAGGAUCUCUGCCACUGCUGAUGGCUGCAGGAAGUCAAAGCUGGGAUGGACCUGUGGGGACAUGGACUUGCUCUCUUCUGGCUUUCUGCUUGAAGCAAGUGGGUGCUGCUGGGGGCUCUCUGAGUCACUACAGCAAUUAUUGCUGCCAGGGGCAGAUUCUGAAAAGGGGAACAGUGCAGGAAGGGGAGCAGACAGCGUGACUGACGUCAGUUGUUAGCAGUUGAAAUAUAUUUGAGGCACACCUGCUUUUCUUGUGACAAAUUUGCUGCGGUGAGCAGGCUUGAUAUCUGCUGCUUUAGUGGGGUGGAUUUUCUAUUGGAAGUGUGAGUGAAAAAAACUGUGUGCAGGGGGAGCUUAGAAGUUGGUUUGCCACCGUAAUCAUUAUGUUGUUUUUGUCGUGAGGCAUUUGCUGUGGUUUCUUUCACCUAUACCUUACCUGGCAUGGGUCUGGAACAGAGCCUAACUUAGAGAUAUGAUAGCCAUGGUCCAGAGGGAUAUGCAGUAAAACGUUAAAGAUAAAACCUAGCAUGCCAAGGAGCAGCUUUAACUAUAUUCUGAACUUUGUAAGCAGUUGUGAACCUGACCAGUUAUUCUUCAGACCUUUCAGCACAUAUUCGAGGAAAUAGGAGAAAUGUAGCCAAGGGAGAUCUGUGGUUCUGGGUGUGUAGUUUUCUGCUAAGUCACCUGAGGGUGUUCUAUGGAGCAGAAAGGAUGCUGAGAUAUUUAGUGCUCAUUUUUUCCCUCUGUAUGUGUGGCUCUUGGUGCUGGGCUCCUAAAUCAGUAAGAUUCUAGGUCUUGAAGAAGGUGCUUCUCAGCAAGAAGCAGUUUUGGGCUGAGCAGAGUUGCUGUGGCUUUCCUAGUCAGUAUGGCAGCACAUGUAGCUUUUGUGGAUUUGGCUUUACAGACAGCACUGAGACCUUAAUUCACCGAAGGGAUGCUGGUGCCCUUUGAAAGGGGAAAAGCCAAAAUACCUGAUGCAGCUUCUCUUUUGGACUUGGUCAGUCAAAGCAGCUAUAAGAAAGAGAGUUGAUUUUAUUUAUUUUUCUUAAUGCAGCUUCUGUUUGUCUUCUAGUUUUCUGUGUCAUCAGAAUGACCCAGUGCUUGCCAGCUCAAGGAGCAGCUCGUUUGCUGUGUGCCACCCUGUGUGCCCAUACAUGAAGCAGAAACCUCUGCUCCAGUAGUUCCACCUACCCUGAGAGUUUUGCAGGCGUGGGGGAUGUUACAUCUGAGUUCUGUGCACCAAGCUGAUGCAGCAGAAUUUUGUGGGGCCAGCAGGUCUGGCUAACAAGGCUCUGUGUUGCACAACUGCCUGUGUACAGGUAUUUGAAAAGUCUGAAACGGGGAGGUUUUGCUGUCAGUGAGUUACAAAGGGGGAACUGGUGUGUGAGUGAGCUGUCUGGGGUUGUCUAAGAGGCUGGUGGCAGGAUCCAAGUGUGAGGCAUCAAGGAGACAGUCUGGGUUGGUAAACAUGAAUAGGACUUCAUGCAUUGCUCAUUUCUCUGUUGUGUGGCCUUCCCAGGAAGAAGGAAAUCACAAAAGGGUGGUGUGUUUUUGAGCCUAUUGACCUGGUUAAACCAAUUGUUACACAUCAGAUGGGAAGCCAUACUUCAAAUUGGAGUGAAAACCCUGUACCCAGGGGUCACAUUGAGCUGGAGGUGUGUGUGGGUAGGGGGAUCAUCUGCUGGUAUUGCUGUGUGCCAGGAGGGUUUGAUGCUUGCUGAGCUCCUUUCUGCCUUCUCUGUGCAAAUGGUAGUGGGAGCAGGCCGGGCUUCCUGCUUUGGAUUUCACCCUUCAGCAGAGGCAGGUGAAUCAUUGGUUGCAAAGGCCUACAUCUGGGUUUUGGCUGGCGUUUCUUCUGUUGCUAAAUGCGAUCAAAGUACACAGAAGUCAAAAGGGAAGUAUUUUGGAGCAUAAUGCUGUGACCUCCAGGCCGUGUAGCCUGCUAACUGCUUGUGUGAUUGGAGGACAAGUCAGCAGGAAGGUACCUUUCAGGGUAGGGCUGUGCUUUGGAGAAAAGCCCUGAGGAUAACUGGUGUUUUCUGCUGUCAGGAAGCAGCGAGAGGGGGGACAGGCUCACUGUGAGUUCUGUGAAUAUUUACUGAAUAUUUGCCUUAGGUAUUUGUAAUUGGUUAAAACUCUUGAAACUAGGAAACAAGGCUUUCUGUUCCUGCUGCUCAGCGUUGCCCAAGCAGAGACUGAUAAGAAAAGAGCUUCGUUGGCUAGGAACAAACAAGCUGUGCAUGUCAUAAAGCCAGCAUCUGCAAUGGGAUGUUGCUGUGAGGCAGCAUCACCUGGUAGCAGUCUCUGUUUGUUGCCAGUUUCAGCAGCACGACCUUGGUGAGCAUCUGCCUGUGCCCCUGAACCACGAAGGAGGGGAGGGAGGAGAAACUGCAGCCUUCUUCAGUGCUUCCCCCUAUGUUUGCCUGGCUGAGGAAGGGAGCCUGGCCCUUCCUGUGUUUUGUAGCUGCUGAGGAGCUUUACCUACCUAUGGAAGAUACAGGUGCCAUGCAGCUGAAAGCAGCUGUGGCUUUCUUGGCAUCACGUUGGGUACGGUGCACUGCCAGGGUUACUGCAAGCAGAGCAACUUGGCAAAUUAAUUAAUGAAGCAGUCUGACUCCCACUAGCCUCAGGAAUUGGGAAGUUCUAGUAAUUAACAGAAGAUUUACGUAUCUUCAGAGGAAAGAAAUGAGUCGCUAGCGAGGAGUCAGUUUGCUACCUGGAGAUCAUCUGUUGCUGCUCUCACUGGAUGGUGUUUUCAGGGUGUCUUGUGGUGCCUGUGCUCGGUGGAUGAGGCUCCCACUGCGCUGACGUGGCAGGAUGCAGCUCCAGGCUCAUUCCCUCUUUCUUGGUUUGAUCUCACGCUCUUGUUUUUUGGCAAGGUAGCAGGUUGUAUUCAGAAGUGUCCCCAGCAAAUACAUCAAAGAGCACGGUUAAUGUUUUUCCAGAGCUGUGCAUGUGAAAUGUUAGCAGCUUUUGAAGAGAGCGCAGCUUCCUUUAUCAGUGGCAGCUCUGAGCUCCAGUGUGGCCCUCUUGGUGAGUAUCUCCUCUGUCAAGUAACUGCAUUUUGGAGGCAGAGGGGAGAAAUCCUGCUGCUGUAAGGGAUUUUUAGGGAGCUGAAGUCUUUGCCUGUGCUGAGGCAUUGUUAAAGUUACUCAGCAAACCUGGAAGAAAUAAAUGCCAGCAGUUGCUUUGUUAUUCCUUUCCUCCCAGCUUGGAGUUGCUGCCUUUCAAAGGUCUGGAGAUCUUUUGCAGAGGGGUAAUUAUUUACAAAUAUCUGACAUGCCAUCGUUAUUCCAACCAAGUGCUUGAGGCAGCAGUCAGGGUUAACCUGGGGUUCUCUGCUUGUGCCUCACUUCAAACUGUGAUUCUAUGAGUCUGCCUCAGGAGCACUGAGUCUAAAUAGGUUUGUUUGCAGUCCUCACCUAAUUGCUUUCCAGGAGGCACAGUGAUCCUCACAUGCUUUGCUGUUUGUUGUUUUUUUCCUGGGCUGGAAAGUUGGUUGUGAUGGGACUGGAGCUCAGCUUCCAUUACGUCCUCAUCUACAAAUGCAGUUUAAAUGUCAGAGAACAGUGUCUUCUCCCUGCUGGCUGCUGGGUCCCUUUUAGCAUCUAGACAUAAUAGCACUAAAAAUAGUUUGUUGAGAUUCCCUGCUAAUCUUUGAGAAGGGUGUUUAUAAAAGCACAGGGGCACGAAUGAUGCUUAACUUUUGGUUAUAAAUAUGCUUGUUUGGGGAAUGAAAGCUAGGAGAAACUCCUUAAUGCAUUCUCACCAUCAGAAGAUUAAUAACUGGCUUUGUACAGCGUGACCUGCCCAGCUUCUGUGCAGCUUGGUGUCCUUGAGUGCCAUGUGGGCUCCCCCCUCCUCUGCAUGCAUGCCUUUUGCUUGUUGUAGUGCUUCUGGCACUUGGGCCGUAAGUCAGGUCCUAAUUUUAUCUUGUUAUCCACAGCUCGAUGGCAAUGCAACAUGAGAUAGAGCAGUGCAAACAGAAUGACAUCAGCAAGCAAACAGAUCUGCUGGUUUUGCUUCCUGAGCUUGUGGCUGUGUGCAGCGUGACCCCUGUUGUGAGCUGCCAACUGUGUCUCUUCCUAAUGCCUUGGGUUGCUUUGGUGAUCAAGGGCUGCCCAUCUGAGUGGAUAAUGCUCUGUAAAUUUGAACUCCUUCAUACCUAUAAUAUCAUAGACUCAUUAUGGUUGGAAAAGACCUUUAAGAUGAAGUCCAACUUGUCAGCCCAUCACCACCGUGCCUACUGAAAUAUAGUUCUGUUAAGCAUCAGGAGUUUGCAGUGAUGGGGCUUUUGCUUAGGAAAAGACAGCAUCCAUCUCCUCAUAUUAUGGCUGCCAGAGGAGCGAGGCAGCAGAAGUGCCAAGUACUUGGUAGUUGUAGGAGAGGGAAAAUCUGGGUGAAGGACUCAUUUAGGGUGUUCUGAUGGUAGGUUUUGAAGGAUUCCUUGGGAUACCCUUGCCUAUGCUAGGUAAAUGAAAGCUGUGUUUCUUUCUAGAUGAGGAAGCUGUAGAUUCUGGCAGCAGAGAAUGUAGGCAGGACGUCCCUGGUGCAUGAGAGGUUGAAGAGCUGCCCAGCAGCACUCAAUCACUGUGACAGCCACAUUAAUCAGAGUGUUUUUCAGGUGAUGGGGUUGAAAUGACACUUUGCAAUGACAGGAUCUGGCCAUCCGAGGUAAAGAACGUGGCAUUAACCCCAGGACUGACUCACAGAGCCUACAGGAAUGCAGCAGCAUAGCUGGGAAGGGAAGAGAGGAGAACAGAACCGGAUCUUCCUUAUGGCUCUCUGUACCUUGGGCAGAGUGCUGUACAACCAGCAUUGGGCUGAGGGUUGACGUGCUGGUUCUGAUCUCUGUACCUGCUGCAUGGCACUGGAAAAAUCCUCCUCAUGGAAAUAGACAGACGAUUGGAAAAGAAGCUGAAGAUCACGCAGAAGGAAAGCAGUAGAAAAUCCAAAUCUCCUCCUAAAGUGCCGAUCGUGAUUCAGGACGACAGCGUUCCUUCAGGUCCCCCCCCCCAGAUCCGGAUCCUGAAGCGGCCAGCCACCAACGGUGUGCUCAGCAACCCCAACUCCACCACCAGACCGGCGUUCCCUGUCAAGUCCCUGGCACAGAGGGAGGCAGAGUACGCCGAGGCCAGGAAACGAAUACUGGGCAGCGCCAGCCCUGAAGAGGAGCAGGAGAAACCCAUUCUAGAUAGGCCAACGAGGAUCUCCCAGCCAGAGGACAUCAGGCAGCCCAAUAAUGUGAUUAGGCAGCCCCUGGGCCCCGAUGGUUCACAAGGCUUCAAACAACGCAGAUAAACGUGGGCAUGAGAGGAUGCUGCAGAAAGCAGGGUCAGCCGCCACGGGUCGCACUGCUGUGGCGGACAAAUGGACUUGAGCAAAGGGAACUACCUGGUUUACUUGCACUGUGAUCCCCUUUGCUCUGCCCACUGUGACCUCCAACCCCACGCACUGUGACCUCCCUGCUCCACGCACUGUGAUCAGCAAACUGACGAGGGCUGUCCCCAGUCACUGUAAGCAGGAAGGGGAGGGGAGGGUAAAGGACUCGGACAGGUGCAAAGAGUCAUGUGUGCCACUUUGGUUCAAGCUAGUGCCAGCAAUAAUGUUUGUUGUACUUGUAACCUGGGAUUUAGGAAAAAAAUGGGAAGCCUCCCCAGACACACGUUUUGUCUUCAUCACUUUAAGAGCAAGUUCUGUUUCAAAGGAUAUCUUUUGAUUUUUUUUUUUUCCUUUUGUUUUCUGUUUGUAUAUCGGAUUGACUUUCAAGGGAGUGCAUGGAAAGGGUUUUAACUGUUUAGUUUGUUUUAACUGAGAGAGGUAGCUAAGUGUUUGAAAAGGAACUUCACUGAAUUCCUGCAACUUUAGUGGUUAGGGUUUGACAAGCUUAGCUUCUCGUUCUGUGUUUCUACCACUGCCAAGCAAACUGGACUCUGGGAUGCCCAGCCUUUCUGCUUGCCAUGGCCUGGGAGCCAGAGGAGUCCAAUGACCUGGUUUGUGUAUUGCACCUGUUAAAGCUUGGCUAGUGUUUUCUGCUGGCUUGAGGGGAAAAAAAAAAACUUUAAAUACAUCUUUUUGUAUGUGGGGAGAAGGGAAUGUAGACAGAUCCCAUGAAAAUGCCUGCUGUUUGGUUACUGCUUGCAGCAGAGCUGAUCUGCGGGGAGCUGGGGCUCUGUGACAGCUGGAUGUGCAGGCUAGGAGGGUAAUAGUGCUGCGUGGCUCUCAUUUGCUCCAUGAAAUGAACCCAUGGUGAAGAGCUGCGUUCCAUCCAGCCUGCGUGGUGGCUGAUGUGACGGCGGGGAGCGGGACGGCCGCUGCUCCGAAGGUUGAAACCGAAGUGGCUUACAAUGGACUGAAGACUCUGAUCUCUGUUACGGUACGAGCCGGUGCUGUACCUGAUACACACGCUUCUAGAAAUCACAGACAUUUAGGAACAAAAUGUGUUCAAUCAAGUCUGGAAACCUCCCCAUCGUCGUACGCUGUGGGUGGUAACAGCCAGCUUUCCGCUGGGCUUCAGGGAAUGGAUUGCUCUUGCUGCUCCUGCUCCCACGAAGAGGCAGGAUUUCAGGCAGCUUGUAGGCUGAAAGCUUCCCAGGAUGGCGGCGGUGGUGGUGGAGAAGAGCCAUGAGGAGCUGGUGUGUGUCACAGGAUGCUGUUGAACGUGGAUGCUUCCCCCGUGCGCAGUGCUGUCUGUCCUAAUGCACGCUAGACAAAGCUGGCCUGUCUUGAUAUUCCUGUCUCCAGGGAUUAGAUGAACACUAAGGCUCUUCUUGGAGGGGAUGCAACGGGCAGCGUCAGGUGUGGAGGCGUUUCUGCGUGUCGUGAGGACCUCGACUGUUCAUUCAGCUGAAAUGGCCGCGGGCCGGCGGAUUGCUGCGUGCUCAGUACCUAGAAAAUACUGUUGUUGGCUGUCAGAGGAUUAUUCUGUACGGGUGCAGUGUUGCCAGAUGCUUUGUGCUUGGCAGAUAUGGUAAAUGAGCAAACCUGAUGCCUUCUGACUGAACAGAAGUGACUGUGCCAUGCCAUGUUGUAUGGGAAACUCCCAUCUGGAAAGAUGUGGAUGGAAACACGGCUUAAAAAAAGGUAAAAUAAAACUACCUGUGUACAAAAAAGAGAUGGCAUCUGCUAGAAUGUCAGUUGGCUCCUUGACCCUGUGUCACCCUCCACGUGAGUUCCCGGAACCCUGAGUGAGUGGCGAAGGAGGGUGACGAGGUGGGAAUGGCAGAAGCCUCGUCCCACCAGGAUCCCAACCCAUCUCCGUGGCUUUAGAAGCUAUAAUCUUGCUGCUUACUGAGCUCCCUCUCAGGCUGGAGGCGCGUCUGUGAAACUGAUUUAUUUGGGGUGGGUGGGAGCAGGAGGGGAGAAGGACAUUAGCAAUAACUGUAGUCACUGCACCUUUCCUUAACGACCGCUCGAUAGCUUCUAUUCCAGAAGGCUGGCAGCUGGCACAACAACCCCGACCCCAGCUCCUGGCGUAGCUUCCCGCUACCUUGCCAAUGUUAGAUGUCUCCUCCCGUCCGUCAGGUGCCUACCACCCUUCUCCUUGCACACCCGACCUUGUUCUCCAGCACUGACCGUGCGCCGAUGCCUCAGCCGUGGCGGCUGCUCCCGACCUGCAGGCAGGGCGAGACGGCGGUCGCGGGGCACGCGCCUUCUUUCGUGGGGCCGAGAGCUUCUCCUGCCUCCCCGUCAGAGCGCGCCCGAGUAUGCAGAGAAACAUUUUAUAAAUUGUAUUUUCAAUAAAUGUGUUUAAACUUUU